UGGCUGUAGGAGGUCAUCCAGACAUCCAUACAGGGUCAAAGGUCACCAACUGCCAGUUGUCACUGAGCAGAGCCAAGAUGUUUUCGAAGACGUUCCUGAGAUUUCGAAAAUGUUGCAGAGAAAUCUUCCAAUGCUGUUGGGGGAGAAUGAGAAGGAAUGCCAGGCCAGCCAGUCCUUCAACCUCCACCUUGGAAGACGCAACAAAUCUGUCUGGCCGAAGAAAAACGAAAAUCACAAUAGACAUUGAGCUCCAUAAAGUGGAGCAGCACGGUUUCCCUCCAAAGGACAGCCGAGGGAAAGAGAAGGUCCUCUUCGAGAGGAAGGACCUUUUCCAAGCAGCGCAAUCAGAGCUGGCCUGUAUAAGAAGAGACCAGGAAAUAAGCCAAUAUUUGCGCCAAGUGGUCUCUGAGAGGAGGAGAGAGACGCAAAUAGCUCUGUUGCAGGAGCACAGCUUUGUCAAUGGAUUAGCUGCAUUGCUGGAAAUGUAUGAUCUCAGCAAGAUAACACCAGAAAGAGAUGAACCAAUAGAAUCCAUGCUGAUGGACAUUUCCAGUUUUUAUUGGAUGGCUACCCUGGAUGCAGAGGAGGAAGAUCUUUCUGAGGUGGAGAAGAAGUUGCUGGAGGAGGCCUUUGGCCUAACAAUGAGGAACCUACUCCGACAAUCUCCCACGACAGAACAGUUUGUUUUCAUUCUGAAGAACUUGGACCCACGUGGGAAACUCUUUUUGCCGGCAAUAAACCAGCUCCUGUCCUGUGGAAACCAUCAUCCCAGGAUAGAUCUCGAUCAAGUCCAGCAGGCUUUCCCUGAUGUUCCCAGGGAAAUCUGGCAGGCUGGAACCACCUACGAAAACAUCAAUGAAGGAGACCUAGAAAUAGAGGAGUUGUGACCUCCACCCUUCGCCGUUGAGCCACCUAUGAAGAAAAGCUACCAUCUCAGGAAAUGGCCCUUUGGUUCUUCCUUCUAUAAAUUGCAUAAAUUUUGUAUAAUAGUUGAAUUUGAUCUGUUAAAACUUCUGACUGUAUAAUAAUUGUUGGUAUCUGUGUUUGUAGAUCACUGGAAGAUCAGAACUCCCUCCUGCUGAAGGUUCCCUUGGGGUUUGGAAGAUGGCACUGGGGCUGAAGAUGCUGUGGAGCAGACGCCGACCAUUAUCGUUUUUAAUAUGCUGCUGCAGGUUGGUAGUAUGCAGGGUUGGACUAAGAGAUGGUUCCGUUUCUGCAAAUGUGGGGUUUUGUUCUCUCAAGCCUAUGGUUGAUUCUGCUUUCUGCCCUGUGAUUUGUCUCUUCUUAGGCUGGGUAGCAGCUUGGACAGAAUUCCACGCAGUUCCUGUAACGGACCUGCUUGCUUGGACCAUCACCCGGCUGGAUCAACAUCUCCCCAGGAUAGAAGAACAACGAAACACAGAUGGAUGGACUUGAGUUUUUAAUGACAGGGCUUUUUUCUUGUAUCUAUGGGACACUUAUAUGUCUCCAGCUAUAUGCCACCAUUGAAGGCAAACACAAGGCAAAGAAGACAGAAGUUUAGUCAAAGGUGCUACCUUCAGACUCUCAAGAUUCCGUUAAUGUAGCCUUACAAUAAGGUCGAAUUAGCCCAUUUAGUCGUAUUUCCUGUCUCGUUUCCCUUGGAGGACUGACACAAUGUCUGCAGGUUGUUGGAAUUGUGUGUGUGUGUGUGUGUGUGUGUGAAGCCUCCCAGGUAAACAGACAGGAAACGUGCCUAAAAGUGCUAAUUCGACCUUAUUUUAAGGCUACAUUAACAGAACCUUGAAAGUCUGAAAGUAGCCCUUUUGACUGAAUUUCUAUCUUCUUUAUCUUAUGUUUCCUUAAAUGGGUGGCAUAUAAAUGUCCCAUAGAUAGAAUGUAUGUAUAUGUUUAUUUAUUGUAUUUUGCUUGUCGUAUUCUGUUUUUAAUUGUAUAAUUGAUUUUAUGAUUGUUUGCUACCCAUUGUCCCUUGUUUGACAGGGGCCCCUCUACAAAUUGGAUAAAUAAAUAAGUAUACUUUGAAUAUUUUUCCUUCACUUGUUUUCCUUGCUCUUUUUUUUAAUUUCAUUAUUUUUUUAAAUCUGUAUUUGUAUUUUGGUUAUUUCAUUUCCAAAUAUAAAUAAAGGUACAAUAUAAGUC